CCCUUCCCCGGGCUAGAUAUCCCCCCAAGGCAUUAAAUUCCAUCAUCGAACGCGUAUGGAACCUGCUUCCAUCUAGCCACCCAACGUGCAGUGCAGCAAGAGUUCCAGCACAACACCCUCCACCAGGACGAUACGCGCGCCCUUCCCCUGUGCCGAAACCACAGACGCCUCACCACACACCAUAUCUUCGCGCAAAUGGCCGACAAGAAAGGAAGCGCCUACGGCGCGCCGGCGGGCGACACCGACUUCCGCAAAACAUGGGACCUUGACGAGUACGCCGCCAAGGCCAAGGACCGCGAGGCCAAGGAAAAGGAGGAGUCCAAGGCGCGAUACGAGGCGAAGCUGGCCGGCAAGAAAUACCACAAGCCCCUGACGGGCAACGAAACAUUCACACAGGCGAGGCGCAACGUGCUGGACCUCAGCGCGCAGGUCGGCAAGACGCAGUUGGUGCCGGCGGGCGCGGGCGUGGGCAAGCGCGGGCGCGGCGCCGGCUUCUACUGCGAGCCCUGCGACCUUACGUUUAAGGACAACAAGCAGUACGUUGAGCACAUGAACACGCCGCAGCACCUGGCCAACACGGGGCAGACGAACGAGGUGCGGCGCGCGACGGCCGACGAGGUACGGGAGCGCAUCGAGUGGCACUGGCAGCGGAUCCAAGACCUCGAGAAGGAGAAGGCGACGAGCCUACAGGAACGCCUCGCGCUGCGGGAGGAGGAGAGCCUGAAGGAGGCCGAGGAGCGGAGGCGCAAGAGGAAGGAGGCGGACGAGAAGAGGAGGGCGGAGAGGGAGGCAGCCGAGAAGGUUAAGCUCGAGUACGGGGAGGACGUGAGGAUCGAGGGCGAGCACGACGAGGAUGACAUGAUGGCGGCGAUGGGCAUCACCGGCUUCGGAGGGGCCAAGAAGAAAUAA